CAGCUACCGAAUAAGCCCUGCCCAGCAGGCUGCCAACCACACCUCAUCAGCAAGCUCCCACGCCCUUGCCCGCCUUGACUUGCAGAGCCCGUGCUUGACAAGGAGCGAGGAGAAGAAUCGGGGGAAACAAUUGGACGUCUCCCCCGCCAAGGGGUUUCCUGGUGCCAUGGACUCGUCCGGCAACUCCAAAGGGUGCAUGGAUCAGUUUCUCACCUACGUGUGCACCCUCAAGGGAAAGAUCCUCACCGUGGAGAUAGUUCUGUGCAUCAUCAUCUUGAUCUGCUAUGGGGCCUCAUGGACGCCCGGCUACGUAACUUUGGCCGUCACUGAGUUGGUUUUGUGCAUCGUCUUCUUCAUCAUCUACAUGUGUGACUUCCACACCCAGCUGAAUUUUAUCCACUGGGGAUGGAGUGAUUUCUUAAGGGCUGCGAUUGCAUUCCUGGCUUUCCUCAUCACCUCCAUUAUCGUCCUCAUAGGCCACCACGAUGGAGCUGGGAUCGCUGCUGGGGUGUUUGGGUUGCUGACCGGAGUCUUCUUUGGUUACGAUGCCUACACCAGCAUACCACUUCUCAAGAAAGCAAAUCCAUCUCCUCACACUGUGCCUACUGAAGGGAUCUGAGGAUGUUUCUCUUCCCCGUCAUGAUGAAGCACCACACUGGAUCCGUCUCUUAGAACCUCCUGCUGGGUCUCCCAGCGAGAGGCUUCGCCAGUCGAUAUUCAGCAGCAUCACCAUCUCUCUCCCCUGAAUGCCUGCAAACAGAAAGCUUAAUCCCUCUGCCUUACUCCUAUCUCACGGGACACCCUCUCCAUUUUGGCCUCUGGCCUAACAGGGAAGAAGGAAGGCAGUUCUUUAGAACCCUAGGGAAUGAAUGGCUGCCGUAAUAAAUUGUCUGGUUUAUUAUGGCAAUUCUUGUUGGUUAUGGGGUUUUUUGUUUUGCCAAAGCCCAGUUUAGAGAAUAAACCAGUUUAAACUUUGAGAUGGGGGUAGGGGAUAGGACCUCCAGGAGUGGGCAAUCAAAUCCAGAAAGUUGGGUUAGUGAGUAGAGCAAAGAGGACACCUGGAUUCCGUUUUCGCCUCCUGGCCGAUUAAGCACCUUCCCUCUUAUGCCCCUGAUUUUCCCUUCAUUUGAAAGAGGGAGAGUUGUCUUAUUUAGGAUUGGUGGGUGGGGAGAUGCUAGAUGCUGGGUGCUUCCAUUCAGUUUGUAUGUACUCCUAGCUCACACUGCAGUCUACAGAUAAGAAAUAACUGUUUUAACAAAUGUAAUAAUUUUUUAUAUGCGCAUAUAUAUAUAUAUAUAUAUGAGUGAAGUUUAAAAAAAAAAAGAUUUGGAACCAGGUCUGUUUGCUUCUAAA